CGUCAAAUCAGAUCAAGCUCACAAAUGUGUCCCUAGUGCGCAUGAAAAAGGGUAAAAAGAGGUUCGAGAUUGCCUGCUACCAAAACAAAGUCCAGGAUUGGAGAUCUAAUGUUGAAAAAGAUUUGGACGAAGUUCUUCAAAUACCACAAGUAUUUCUGAAUGUAUCUAAGGGUCAAGUUGCUCCAAAUGAGGAUUUACAAAAAAGUUUUGGGUCUACAGAUACAGAUAAAAUCAUACUAGAAAUAUUACAGAAAGGUGAAAUUCAAUUAAGUGAAAAAGAGAGACAGGCAAAAGGUAAUCAAGUACAAGCUGAAAUCUUGCAACUUAUAUCUACGAAAUGUAUCAACCCUAGAACAAAGAAAAGAUAUCCGCCAACAAUGAUCCAAAAGGCAUUAGUAGAAUUGAAAUACAAUACAGUGGCUACCAAACCUGCAAAACUACAAGCAUUGGAGGCUAUCAAAUUGCUUGUUUCUAAACAAAUAAUACCAAUAGUCAGAGCCAAAAUGAAAAUUAAAAUUGUGUUAGAAUCAAAAGAUGCCAAAAAAUUAUCUGAUAAAAUUAAGCCACUUCUUGGUGAUGUUGAAAGUGAAGAUUCUGGUAAACUUUGGGAAGUGAUCUCUUACAUCGAUCCUGUUAACUAUAGAGAAUUGGUAGAAAUUGUUGGAAACCACAAGUCUGGUCAAUUGGAAGUGCUUGAUAUGGCCGUUAUUGAUGAAAAUGAUAAAUAGACUUCUACAAUUUCAAUUUUUCAUUUAUUUUAUUAUUAUUGGCUCUCAUUGCACCUUUUUAUGAGGUCCAAAACUAGUAGCAAUCGAUCAAAAUCUUCUUUAUCUGAUUCUUUUGAUUUGAAAAUUUUUGAACUAACUGAUAUUAUCAGCCCUCUAGUUUCAUUUGAUGUAUAAACGAGCUUCGCAAUAUGAUUUACUAUAACUGAUAGUUUAAUAUUUGAAUUGUCC